AUGUUUGGAACUCUGCUCUCCCUGGUAGCCGUCUUGGGGUUCGCCCCGGUGGCAACAGCACAGCAGUUCGACCCCAAUCUUGGACAGUCAGGUGUAAGCUGGGAUCCGGCCAGCGUUGGUACGAACAAGACCACCAACGCCACCUUCUCGAACCCGGUAAUGACACUCAAUGUCGGUGAUCCUUUCAUGACGCGAUAUUCGGCGGACGAUGGCGAUUGGUAUUUGUUCACAUAUACUACCAACGACAAUAUCACCCUCAAGCGCAGCAGGUUCCUGACCGACAAUUGGGACGAUGCGGAGACGCGGACAGUGUUCAAUCCGGACCCCAUUGCAGACAAGGGCCAGCCAUGGUCCACCUCCUUGUGGGCUCCGGAGAUCCACAAUAUCUCGGGCUCAUGGUACAUAAUAUUCACAGCAACACCAGAUGCCGACAACCCACCGCCGCUCCAAGAUGCGCUCUGUCCAUUUAGCUGCCCAGCGGUAAACCAUCGUAUGUUUGUCUUGGCAGGAAGUACUUCCGACCCAUGGCGAUCGGACUUCACCCUGAAGGGAAUGUUGAACUCUUACGAUCAGUUUGCGAUCGAUGGCACAUAUUUCGCAUAUGAGGACGAGCUGUAUCAUAUAUACUCAUGUUGGGAGAAUACCUACUCGUCGUGGCCGGCGAAUCUGUGCAUCACUAAGAUGUCCGAUCCUUGGACAGUCUCGUCCGACUUCAGUGAACGCCGCAUGAUCAGCGUACCUGACCAGCCGUGGGAACAGGUCCCGUACGGUCGCCCAAUUCGACUGGCAACAAACGAGGGACCUCAGCAGUUGGUCAACCCCAAGACUGGGCAGAACUUCGUGAUUUACUCGGCUGCUCGAGUUAACACGCCAUUCUACUGCCUUGGCAUGCUUGAACUGGUUGGCAACGACCCGAUGGAGUAUCAGUCUUGGAAGAAACACACAGAGGGAUGCGUGUUCCACCAAAACACCAAAGCGGGCAUCUAUGGGACGGGUCACGCCAGCUAUACGACGUCACCCGACGGAUCGGAGGACUACAUGGUUUACCACGCCCAGACAACUCCAAACCCCGCGGCCGACCUAUACCGCACGGCGAGGAUCCAGAAAUUUUCCUGGAAUGACGAUGGAACGCCGAAGUUCCCCCUCGCCGAGAACGGACCGUUCGACGUCCCUGCUGGGCAGAAGGCUCUAGUCUCGUAG